GUCACUUCUUUUUCUUCUGCGCGUCAUUUUUAGAAGAAUUAAGCUUUGCUCAAUAACCUAUAGAGUAAUAAAAUGCCUAAGAAGAUGAAUUUACAGGCAUAUCUAAACGAAAAUGAAGAAGGAAUAAGCGGAAGAAAUAUGCUAAAUUGUUUUAGUUGCAACUUCGAAACCGAAAACCUCGAUGAAUUGGAUGAACACAUUCUCAUUAACCACGACGGUGAUGUAGAAGACGAAGUUCCCGAACAAAAAUUUCAAAUCGUUCAAGAUGAACCUCCCGCGAGAAUUAGAAAAAGAAAAGUAUCCGAUAUUAUUCCUACUUUACCGAAAGAUAUACCAAGAGCUAGGAUUAUAGUUAAGAAACACGAUCCGAAAUUCCAAAUUGAGACUAAGAUUGGCGAUGAGAAGAAAAAAGUUAAAUAUAAUAUCGGUGGUACGAAGAGAGCUAAAAGAACGCCAGCGGAAGAUAUGCAAUGUACUUUAUGUAGUUUUACGACGAGAAAAAAGAGCGUUUUAGCUACUCAUAUGUUAAAUCAUUCCGAUGUAAUACCACCCGUUUAUUACAAAUGCUCGCAGUGUCCGUAUCAAACUAAAAGAAAAAACGACAUGCCGAAACAUAUGUUAGGACAUUGCACUAACGAUAGUGUUCCUUUAUAUAAAUGUAGAUCGUGUCCUUAUGUAACGAAACGAAAAGGAGAUCUACCGAAACACGAAAUGAACCACGCCGAAAGGAACGAAAUGUUUUCAUGGAAUUGCACGGAAUGCGAAUAUUUUUCUAAAAGAAAAAACGAUCUACACAAACAUAUGUUGAUACACAGCGAUAGACAGCUCGCGGGGCUCUACAAAUGUCUCAAAUGUACUUACGUCACUGAUAAGGUUGUAAAAUUUUCUCGUCACGUUCUCAGCGGUUGUAGUUCGUGCGAAAACCCCAUAAGUUUAGAACAUUUAAUGUUAGAAGAUAUUUUAGCAAGUGUAGAUCACAGUGGAGUACAUGUUGUAUUAGAUGGGGAAUCAGAAGACGAACAGGAAUAUCAACAAGUACAAUAUGAAGAAGGGGACGAAGAAGCGAUGGUGGAAGAAUACCAAAGUGAAACAGUGGAAGAAAACGCUACCGUUAUAGUCGAAGGCGAAGUGGUAGAUCAACAAUUUAUUGAAAUCGAAGAAUCUAACGAAUAUGUUGUCAACGACGAAAGGACCGAACUGGUACAAGUUAAAUCCGAAUAUGUAGUCGAUUAAUUGAGGUUAGAUUUUUAUUUACUGAAUUUCCUUUCUGAAUUUCAUCUAGAAUCGAUUUUUAUUUAUUCCAAAUUUUUCUUUUUGUUACGAUAAAUCGUUUUUUGAAUGUUUCCAAAAAAAUUGCAAGGGAUUACAAUUUUUUUUAUUAAGAAAAUUUUUAGAAAAUUGAUAAUCUCCAAAGCCGGUUUACCAAAAAUAAAUGUGCGAGUGAAAGAAUAGUUUGAAAUUGUUUUAAUUAAUAUAUAGCAGAGGUAGUUGGAUUUUUUUUUAUAUUUAGGGAUUGUAAUUAAUUUUAUUAUUGUGAUUUGUUCAAAAAAAAAUUUAUUUUUUUUUCAAUUUCAGUGCCUAUUGAUUGUACUUUGUACUCUAGCGGUGUCUACCCUUAAUUAAUUGUUUCGUAGAUUCAAUUUAGAAAGUAUUUAUUCAUCGUGUGAUUAAUUUCUUGAUUUUUUUUCUCAUUCAAACGUUUUUCCACCUUUAGUUUCCUCUAUUUUUCAAUUAUUGUGAAUAAAAGAGUUUAUUUGAUAUCAAAUCAAGAAUAAAAAGUUUCCACAUAUUCAACUAGCCAGUUUUAGGGGUUUUUUUUUACAACGGAAACUGAUGGUAGUUCUCCAGCUAACUCAUCGGAGUCUCCUACAACUCCAACAUCCAUCGGAUCAUUCAAUACUACAACUUCAAGGCUUGAAAUUUUUUUAAAUACAAAUCCACAUACCAGGAAACUCUCAGAUAACACUUUAAGUGUUAAUUAGGGUGGUAAUGCCCUUAUAAGACUCCUGUUGGCUUCCGUAUCUAGUUCUGGUCUUUUCAAAGGAUUCUCCUAGUGAAAAAAGUUUCUUUUUAGGGUCUUGAUCCUUAUUAGUAGCCCUAAGGCUUGUUUCUACUGAUACCAAUUUCAUUUUUAAUCAUACAACCUCCAAUUUGCAUUCGAAGGAAUAAAAAGCUUCUUCUGGAAACAAUUUUGAGUUUUUUCUGUUUGUUUCAAGUAUUUCAACCCCCAAAAAUUCCCUGUAUAUGUAAAAAUGAAUAGUAAAACAUUGUUAUACAGGGUAUUUAUUGUAUAUCUGUACAUUACACUCUCGAACAAGUCUUUAAAUGUCAAUUAGGGUAUUAAUGCCCUUAUAAGACUCCUGUUGGCUUCCGUAUCUAGUUCUGGUCUUUUCAAAGGAUUCCCCUAGUGGAAAAAGUUUCUUUUUAGGGUCUUGAUCCUUAUUAGUAGCCCUAAGGCUUGUUUCUACUGAUACCAAUUUCAUUUUUAAUCAUACAACCUCCAAUUUGCAUUCGAAGGAAUAAAAAGCUUCUUCCGGAGACAAUUUUGAGUUUGUUAAAAGUAUUAGAAUCAGUACAGUUGAUGAAUUAACUGUAGGAACCUCUCCUGGAAUAAGAUUUAUAUCGAUAAUCCUACUUACUAGGAAAUUCAAAGUAAAUCUUCCUAGUUAGGAGAAAUGGGUUCGAAAUGAGAUCCGCUUGCCUUCGAAUAGUGAAAUCAACUACACGGACGGAUCCCAAGAAGUAAAAUUAGCAGAAGCAGUAGUAAAAACUGUCUAACAACAAUUUUAAUACCAUCAAAUACUUUUUGGUGAUGUAGCUUCACAUUUGAUCUGAUAGUUCUGUCCUUUGGGUUUUUCAAUAAGACUUCCAAGUCUCUUGAAUUUGUGCUAUUUUGUUUUUAGGUUUUCCUUCUCGAGGUUUGAUUAAUCGAAAUUAUACUACAUCCUAAAACGUUGGUUAACAAAUUUUUUUGUAUCAAAAAAGUUAUUUUCGAUAGUCCAACUACUUCUGUUAUUAAAUUUGUUUUUUUUUAUUAGUUAAAAACCAAGUUACCACUAAAUUAACUUUCCAUUAAAACGUUGAAUUUUAUUAUUGAAUUAGUGCCAUUCCUUAAUCGAAACAAAAAUUAAAUUGGAUAAUCAUUAACGGAAACUUUUAUUAACAUUUCGUAUUACCCCUGUAAAAUUCGUACGCCUUCCAUGGUACUAAAAGUUGAGGAAAUAAACGUUUGCGUUCAGUGUUGAUUUAAUUCGCGUUUAUUGAAAAUUUGAAUUAUUUUCCAUCGUAACCUAACCUAGAAAACAAAAAAAUUUUUUUUUUUAAUUAUCUCUCCUUGUAUAUGUGGUAUAUUCAUAGUUUCAGUACUUUCAGUACCUUCAGCGUUCGUUAUCUCAUCCUAUAUGUCAUUUUGUUUGGUACUAAACCGUUAAUUGGAAUAUUUAGUAUCUUGUUCAUCGGAAAACUGUUUUUUCAGUGUACGUUCUUUCUCUUUGUCCUUGUAUACUCGUCCUGUAGUAUCUUGUCGGCAAGGGAACGUGUUUUAGUGAUAAAUUUCGAAUUUUUGGAAGUUUUCAUUUUAUUUUUUCAAAAUUAAUUUUUUGUUUUCGUUUUUUCCAGUUCUAGCUUUGUUUAUACCGGAAAAAGUGGGUCUGACGUGUAGGUUACCAUCUUGAAUUGAAACAUAACCUCAAUUAUUUCGACGUGAUUUUUCUAGGGCUAAAUUUCGUAACUAAAAGUUUUCAAAAUUAAAUUGAACACGAAAAAGUGGAGUUUAUUAAGUUUUCUUCUUGAUCUAUCAUGUUUUAUUUCUCGCUUUGAGGUUAUGUACAAUUAUUUUUUUGGAAAAACAAAAAACGCGCGAAUUGGGGUAUUUAGCAUAAAAACUGAAAUUUUCUUUUUUUUUUGAAAACUAAAAAGUGUUUAAUUGAUAUUUGUUUCGAUAUUUAAUACAAAUGUAAUGGACAUAACCUAAAAAAUGAUCUAUAAAUAAGUAGUAAUUCGAAAUUACAAACUUUACAUACAUUUCGAACAUCACUGUAUAUUAUGUAAAUUUAGAAAAAUGUGUGUCGAGUGAAUAUGUAUAGUUAUAAGUUAACGUUGAAUAUUUGUAAGUAGUUGGCCCUGUAUAUUUUAAUAAUAAAGAUACUAAGAUAUU